AUGGAGGGCGCAGGGCCCCGGGGGGCCGGGCCGCCGGGGCGCCGGGGAGCCCGGGGCCCGCCGCUGCUGCCGCCGCCGCUGCUGCUGCUCUGGCUGCUGGCCGGCCCCGCGGCGCCCCAGGAGCUGAACCCGCGCGGCCGCAACGUGUGCCGCGCGCCCGGUUCCCAAGAGCCCACGUGCUGCGCCGGCUGGAGGCAGCAGGGGGAGGAGUGUUCCGUCGCCGUGUGCGAAGGAAACUCGACGUGCUCGGAAAAUGAGGUGUGCGUGCGGCCGGGCGAGUGCCGCUGCCGCCACGGAUACUUCGGUGCCAACUGCGACACCAAGUGCCCGCGCCAGUUCUGGGGUCCCGACUGCAAGGAACUGUGCGUGUGCCACCCGCACGGGCAAUGUGAGGACGUGACGGGCCAGUGUACGUGCCACGCGCGGCGCUGGGGCGCACGCUGCGAGCAUGCGUGCCAGUGCCAGCACGGCGCGUGCCACCCGCGAAGCGGCGUGUGUCGCUGCGAGCCUGGCUGGUGGGGCGCGCAGUGUGCCAGCGCGUGCUACUGCAGCACCAUGUCGCGCUGCGACCCGCAGACGGGCGCGUGCCUGUGCCAAGUCGGCUGGUGGGGCCGGAGCUGCAACAAUCACUGCGCCUGCAACUCGUCGCCCUGCGAGCAACAGAGCGGCCGCUGCCAGUGCCGCGAGCGCACGUUCGGGGCGCACUGCGAGCGCUACUGCCAGUGCUUUCACGGCCGCUGCCACCCUGUGGACGGCACGUGCGCCUGCGAGCCGGGCUACCGCGGCAAAUUCUGCCGAGAGCCGUGCCCUGCAGGCUUCUACGGCCUGGGCUGCCGGCGCCGAUGCGGCCAGUGCAAGGGCCAACAGCCUUGCACGGUGGCCGAGGGCCGAUGCCUGACCUGCGAGCCCGGUUGGAACGGCACCAAGUGCGACCAGCCGUGCGCCACCGGCUUCUACGGAGAGGGCUGCGGCCACCGCUGCCCGCCGUGCCGCGACGGGCACGCUUGCAACCAUGUGACCGGCAAGUGCACGCGCUGCAACGCGGGCUGGAUUGGCGACCGGUGUGAGACCAAGUGCAGCAAUGGCACCUACGGCGAGGACUGCGCCUUCGUGUGUGCGGACUGUGGCAGCGGCCACUGCGACUUCCAGUCUGGGCGUUGCCUGUGUAGCCCCGGCGUCCACGGAACCCACUGUAACCUGACUUGCCCUCCUGGGCUGCACGGCGUGGACUGCGCCCAGACCUGCAGCUGCCACGAGGACUCGUGCGACCCGGUCACCGGUGCCUGCCACCUGGAGACCAACCAGCGCAAGGGCGUCAUGGGCGCGGGCGCGCUGCUGGCCCUGCUCCUCGGGCUGCUGCUCUCCUUGCUCGGCUGCUGCUGCGCCUGUCGGGGCAAGGAUCCCGCGCGCCGGGACCUUGCGCUGGGAAGGAAGAAAGCGCCCCAAAGAUUGUGCGGACGCUUCAGCCGCAUCAGCAUGAAGCUGCCCCGGAUCCCGCUCCGCAGGCAGAAGCUGCCCAAGGUUGUAGUGGCCCACCACGACCUGGAUCACACGCUCAACUGUAGCUUCCUGGAGCCACCCUCGGGCCUUGAGCAGCCCUCACCAUCCUGGUCAUCCCGGGCCUCCUUUUCCUCUUUCGACACCACUGAUGAAGGCCCUGUGUACUGCGUGCCCCACGAGGAGACAGCGGCAGGGAGCCAGGAUACGGAGGCCCCUAGCGCCCCCACCGGGACGCCGGCGACAGCGUCAGCGCCCGGGCCCUUGACCACGCCGACAGCGACGGCGACAGCGACGGCCGAAGAGACCUCGCCUCUCCCCGCGUCCUCCGACAGCGAGCGGUCGGCGUGCAGCGAGGACGGGCCCGGCGGGGCGCUCUAUGCGCGCAUAGCGCGGCGCGAGGCCCGGCCGGCCCGGGCCCGGGGGGAGCCGGGGGGCCUGUCGCUUUCGCCGUCGCCCGAGCGCAGGAAGCCGCCGCCCCCCGAUCCCGCCACCAAGCCCAAGGUGUCCUGGAUCCACGGCAAGCACGGCGCCGCUGCCUCCGCCCACGCGCCCUCGCCGCCGCCCCCGGCCUCCGAGACCGCGCCCAGCCCCAGCAAGAGGAAACGGACGCCCAGCGACACGUCGGCGCGGCCAGAGGAGCCCAGCAGCCCCCGGGCCCGCGACCCGACGCCGCGGCCCCCGGGGUUGGCCGAGGAGGGGCCCGCCGCGCCUUCGCCGCCCCGGGCUCGGGCGCGAGGCCGCGGGCCGGGCCCCUCCGAGCCCACGGACGCGGGCGGCCCCCCGCGCAGUGCGCCGGAGGCCGCCUCCCUGCUGGCCGCCGAGCUGCGCGACAAGACUCGCAGCCUGGGCCGCGCCGAGGGGGCCCUGGGCGCGCCGGGCCCGCGGGAGAAGCCGGCGCCGCCGCAGAAGGCCAAGCGCUCGGUGCUGCCCGCCUCGCCGGCGCGCGCGCCCGCCACCACUCCCGAGGCUCCCGGGCCCGACAAGGCGGCCGCGGUCGGCGCGCCCGUCCCCGAAACUCCGCGGAAGAAAACCCCCAUCCAGAAGCCGCCGCGCAAGAAGAGCCGGGAGGCGGCCGGAGAGCCCAGCAGGCCCGGGGCGCCCACCCUGUAGCCGGCGGCGACCCCAGCAGCGUCCGCAACUCCCCCGGCUUAGCAGCGCUGCU